CCAGACCUCCGGCAGCGCCCGAACAAGAACCAGAAACCCGCAGGACCUGAAAGAUGGCUAUCAUAGGCCACGGGGGCACAGACAUUGUCCGCCAGUUGGUGGGCAAUGUAGUGAACAUCUUCAAGAAGAAGCGUGCGCCGUGCACCUCCCCUUGCGACGGUCUAAUCCUCAAGAUGCACUACCAGUGGACCUUCUGGCUCUUACUAGCCGGCUUCUCUGCCGUGUGGUACUCCUGGUACCACCGCGACGUUAUCACGUGCGUCUCGCAUUUCAACGCCGAGACCCAGGUCCGUUUAGAUUACAUAAACAUCUGCCUCUCGUACCCCUACGUAGAGGAAGGCACCUCGGAGAAGAGGUUCCUUCUCUUCUACAGGUGGAUCCACUGGACUCUCCUGGUGCUAGCUGGCAUUUACUACAUCCCCCGUAAAAUCUCCAAGAAUUCUGAGAACCCGAAGGUCAAGAAGCUGAUCGAGGACUUGGCGGUGAAUUCGCACCGCUACGACCAGGUCGAGCGAGAGCUGGUGGACCGCGCCGCCCGCUACAUCGCCUACAAUCUUAAGACGCACAACGGGCUCUAUUACAAGUUCGUCACUUGCAAUUUGGUCGCCCUGGUGGUGGACAUCAUCAGCUUCCAGUUCCUCGACUUCGUGUUCCAGGGGCGCUUCCUGCACUACGGCUGGAUGGCCUACCCCUACAGCCGUGACCCCGUCAAUUUCUCCGACUACAUGUCCCGGACGUUCCCUCCCUUCGCCAAAUGUGAGCUGGGCGUGGCGAACAAGCUGGUCAACAAACGGACGGAGAAAUUCGGUUGCCACCUGACGGUGAUGGAGCUCUACGAGAAGGUGUUCCUCGGCGUGUGGGUGUGGCUCAUCCUGCUGACGACUAUCACGUGCGCUUAUCUCAUCUUCCUGGGCUUCAUGUGGCUUCCGUACUUCCGCCUGAUGAUGCUCAAAGUGGCCAAGCCUCUCAAUGCCAAAGACACUGUGAGUAACACCAUAGUCUCCGUCGUGAACUGCUGCAAGAUCGGCGAUGUCUACCUGCUAUAUAGACUGAAGCAGCACUUGAGUCACGCUCGCUUCUACGAGCUCCUGACGAGGCUCUCUGACCCGGAGCUGAUCAAGACCAUGCUAGAGGACCCGGCCGACCGCGCCAUCAACGCCAAGAAUCACGACAUACGAGGCAGAAAGCAGGCCGGCAUGGGCAUGGCCGGUCCCAAGGGCAAGUUCGGCGGCCCCAAUGAUCUCUUCAUCUCGCAGGACUACGGCCGACCCAACACUAGUAUUCUGGUUGAGUAAGCCGACCCUCUAGUCUCGUGCUAGAGGGAGUGGCGGCUCAUCCCAGUUUAAAAAAAGUACUUAUUUUAUAUCAUUUUUAUCUGAUGUUCAGUGAUAACCCGGGGAGGUCGUGCCAUCCCUAGUGAAGGUGAACUGUUGUCCCCUUUUAAGAAAUGUACGAGUGCUGCCUUGGGAAAAAGGUAACGGACGCUCCUUGAUACUUUUUUUUUUACAAGUCUGCUACACACUUCUCGUGGUGUACAACUCAUUAGUGAUAUUUCUAUAUAUUAACAUUCUUGUGACUGUGUUAUUUGUGGAAGCCAAUCCCAUGUCUGAAAGCCGUUACUGUGUAGGACCGUCCGUCUCCAUGUGUUCAACAUCCCCUCCCCUUUUUGCUUUUUUUUUAUAACAAGUUAUUUAUAAGCCAUGUCAGAGGGAAAACUCAUGUAUGUGUUUUUUAAAGGCAGGAAGCUGGUAUAGAAUGCAUUGUUUGAUCGCAUUUAUAUAUUAUAAAGCACCUACUUGAACGAAUGAAUGCUGUGUGUGUGGAUAUGCUUGUGGUAUAUAGUUCUCCCCUUUUAAGUUAUGGAUCUGCAAGGUUUCCCAGCCAUUAAUAUUGGUGCCGACCAGUCAUACUCAGUCACUGUCACAGCAUUUGUUAAAUCUUUUUUUUUAACUUGUUAAAGAUAGAGAAAAGGUAGGCCGAGAGAGGUGUUUAAAAUGCAUUUGGUUCUUUUUACAAGAGUUCCAGAAUGCGAACCAGUUUUUAAAUGUUUUUUUUAAUAGCCGGUAUCUCAUUCCUGUUUUAAACGACCCCCGUCUCUUUAUUAUUAAUUUAUAGAUUUUUUGACAAUUGUUGUGAAAUUGUAUUUUUUAGCCUGUAAACUUGUUAAUGACUGCAUUCGGGUUAGCGAAGCUGAGCUGCGCUGCCACGGCGAUAGUGUGAUAAUAAAUGACUAGCCAAAUCUUGAGCUGGUGCAAGCGACAUUUUUUUUGACUGUUGUCUCUUAUGACUGACAAUCAUAAAGCUUUUUGUAUUUUGGUAAAAUAAACAAAAAUUGAAUUAAGUUUUA